AUGCGUUGCUUCAGCUGUUGUGAAGAAGAUGAUAUCCAUAAAGCUUCUGAAAAUGGGCCCUUCAUGGCAAAUAACCCUUUUACAUUCUCAAGUGCUCAUGUAGCAAAUACCGGAGGAUAUCAAGCAAGAGCAGCUGUAACAAGCAGGGAUACACAGCCUGUUAAUACUUUUCAACCUAUUGCCAUCCCUGCCAUCCCAGUGGAUGAGCUAAAGUAAAUGACUGAUGAUUUUGGUACAAAAUCAUUAAUUGGUGAGGGCUUUUACGGAAGAGUAUAUUAUGGCAUUCUAAAGAGUGGGAAGGCUGCAGCCAUCAAAAAGUUGGACUCCAGUAAGCAGCCAGACCAAGAAUUCCUAGCGCAGGUCUUCAUGGUGUCAAAAUUAAAACAUGAUGACGUUGUUGAUCUUGUUGGUUACUGUAUUGGUGGCUCUCUUCGUGUCCUGGCCUAUGAAUAUGUGUAUGGAUCUCUCCAUGCCAUGCUUCAUGGAAAGAAAGAUGUGAAAGGAGCACAGCCAGGUUCUGUUUUAUCUUGGCCAGAGAGAGUCAAAAUUGCUGUUGGAGCAGCAAAAGGCCUUGAAUAUUUGCACGAAAAGGCACAGCCUCCUAUAAUCCACCGUGGCGUUAAGUCCACCAAUUUACUUCUUUUUGAAGAUAAUGUUGCUAAGAUUGCUGAUUUUGAUUUGUCAAAUCAAGGCCCUGAUACGACAACUCGUCUGAAUUCUACACGGGUUCUUGGAACCUUUGGUUAUCAUGCUCCAGAAUUUGCAAUGACUGGAACGCUUAGGUCUAAGAGUGAUGUCUACAGCUUUGGUAUCAUCCUUCUGGAGCUCUUAACUGGACGUAAACCUGUUGAUCUCACACUGCCACGUGAGCAGCAGAGUCUUGUGAUAUGGGCAACUCCAAAACUACGUGAUGAAGCUGUGUGUUGAUGCUUGUGUCGUAGAUUGUUGGGAUUGUAUCCAAUUGUUUGUUGGAAACAGCUUGCUGCUGUUGCUGCCUCGUGCGUGCAAUAUGAAGCUGAUUUUCGACCUAAUAUCAGCAUUGUAGUGAAAGCUCUUCAGCCUCUUUUGAAUACUACUCGGCCAGCUUCUUACCACACCCACAGUGAAACGCAACAUUCGUGAAUUCAUCCAUGAGGCUGAAGAUGAUCCCUAUUGGCUAUAUUACUGUAACAAAUUGGAGACUAGUUGAAGUGGAAAUCCGGUCACUGUGAUUUGUAUUGUAAACGAGUGUUUUAGAUCAUCUUUCAUCUACCAUCUUCAAUCCCAAUCAUGUAUAUAUGUAUGUAUAGACUUCUUCAUUGGGCAAAAUCCCACAAAUUUAAAUAUUUAAUCUGCCAAAUAAAGUUCGUUUUUCAAAGGUUUGCAAAAUGUGACUCUGUUUGUAGUAAUAAUAAUUAUUAUAAUAAUUG